AUGAAACCAUCUCUCACUACUUACAAAAGUCUCGUGAUUAAACAUGGAAAUACACUUCAAUGUCCUUGUUCAUCGAUUACUUCAGUUUACGAUGCUUUUAUCAACAUUGAGCCAAUAUUUCAUCCGAUUUGUUUGAGUCCAUUUGCAUCGGAUGAAUGGCGAAUAAAUGUGACAAAAGAUCUUGUUCCUGAUUUAUCUAUCUAUACUACUGGAGAUUAUCGUCGUUUUCUAUCAUCACAUUUACAAUUUCUCACUGGAUUAUGUCAACUUUCUAUUCAAUCAGUAAAUAGUUCUAUUAAUCAGCUUCUGUCUUCAUUUUUUGUCACUGUUCAACUUGUUCCACCAAUAACUUUUGAUCAAAUGAUUUAUUCACUUAUUAAUCAAAGUAAAAUGAAUGCUCCUUUAAUGUUCUCUCGUUUUCUUUUCUUGCUUCGAACGACAAACCAUGGUAAUGCGAUUGUUUCAGCUUAUGAAACAAAUUUUAAAUACGUUGCUGCUCCUUGGUAUGAUUCAUAUAGUGAUCAACUAGCAAUCACUCAAGCAAUAACUUACGACGAUGGAUGUUCAUGUGCACUGUAUUCAAAUUGUACCACUCAAGCUGGUUUUGUUCAAAGAAAUUCAUCUGAAAUAUUUCAAAUCACAGGUUUGAAAAUGGGAUGUACAUCAAGUGAAUCAUUUUUAUCUUCGACUCUGGAAUGUUUCUAUGAUUUAUCGUGUAUUAAUCUAAUUCAAUAUCAUACGUCCAUUUUCGAUGAACAUGAUAUCGUAAAUGCUUCUGAACCACUUUCUAUUGCUGAUAGUCGAUUUUUAAUGAAUACAACUAUGAUGGAUUUAAUCAAUGAUUUAUUCGUCGAACGGUGGGCAACAACAAUCAAUUAUUCAGCCUACUUUGAUCAAUGUUUACCAACAUUUUGCUCCUAUACUUAUGUUCAACAGUUUAAUUCACUUUACACAGUCACUGUUUCACUUGGAUUUUCUGGUGGCUUGUCAUUCAUCUUGAAAUGGAUCUGUCCAAAAAUAAUUUAUUACUUAUUCAAACUAAAUCAAUUUCGUAAAAAGAGAACAAAUACUAUCCAAUCUACAAACGUUCUAGAAAUGAAUACUACUGAAAAUGUUAAUAUAACAGUAAUGUCUACAGAUGCUCAAGUUGCUGAUGUUAAUUCAAAAACAAUGAUUACAAUAUCAUCACCUUCGUAUACUUUCUUUCUUUUAUGUCCUAUUAAAAUCUCUUAUGAUCUUUUUUAG